AAGGAGAUAUUUCACUUGCGUUUGAUUUUUACCGAGACUGGUUGUUCUUAGAAAUUGUGUUAACUUAUUUUUGGUUCUGUUAUAGAGGCUCGUGCUCCCCUUUAGUUUCGCGUGUAAGAGUGGGCAAUUCAUCGAUAGCUCGAGCGCUCAUCGCUAAAUUUCUUCGAGUGAGAAACGUGGUUUGUUGGAAGCCAGCCGGAGAAGAAGACGUUGCUCUUGUGCGAAAUUGUGUAAAUUCAGAGAAGAAAUUGUUGAGCGGAGGAAAACCAGCGACGGUUUGAUACACAACUUAUAAACUCGAAACGAUGGAAGAUCAAAGCAACGCAGCUCCCGUUGCAGCCGCGGAGAACGGUACAAACACCGCGCAGGAGGUAUCUUCGACAACUCAAACCAUAGAGCCCACAAAGCGCUCAUUGCGCGUCCAAACAUGGAAAAAGAUACAGGAGGGAAAGGUUGGCAUUGGAUUCAACAACAUAUUUAACCGAAUUCCCUCUUUUGUGGAUGCCGAUAAGGCUGUUGCCUUGCUUAUUAACGAGGAGGAGUUCAAGAAAGCACAGCACAUCAAGGUAAACAUCGAUCGCGCUUUGCACGAGUUUAAGGAACAGGCGUUACUGGCCGACAAGUCUGUUUACUUGCCCAGCACUAGGGAUUCUACAGCGUUGUGCCUCAAAGUAGAUGUUUCAGCCGAUGCUACUGAAGAGCAGAAAAAGGAUGCUUUGCGCGUUCAGGACAUCCAGAAGUUCCGCAAGGAAAUCGGACUGGACAGUGGUCUUAAGCUUGACAUUGUUGUGAUUGGUUCAGUCGUCGUUUCGCGCGAAGGCUACCGUAUUGGACGCGGAAAUGGGUUCGCCGAUCUGGAUAUCGGGCUCCUCAUUGAACUGGGGGCCAUCACACCGCAAACAGUUAUUGUCACAAUCGUCCACGACGUGCAGGUGGUGGAUUCGCUGCCUCUGAACUUGUUCCAGAAGUAUGAUGCGCCCGUGGACAUCAUUGUCACCCCCACAGAAGUAAUCCGGGUGUCAAAGCGCUUGCCCCGUCCUAAAGGAGUCUUCUGGGAGAUUCUGUCCGAACGACGCCUGAAGAUAUUGCCUGUACUGCAGCAGCUUAAAGAGCGAGAGGAAAAGGCCGGAAAGUCGAUAUCCUUAAAAGAGGAAGAUACCGACGUAGAGCAGCAUCAGAAUAACCGACGCCGCCGGGGGCCCGUGCGUCGUCGCUUCCAACGAGGUAACCCGGGACGCACCACCUCACAGACUGACAACGAACAACAUGGCGAGACUACCCAGAAACGCACUCCGCGUCGCAAAGGUCGUUUUGUCACUCGCCGAAGGCGCACAGCUAAGUCUGAGGGAGAUCAGUCUGGAGUUGAGGUCGGUGCUAAGAGUGAGGAUCGUAAAUUCGAUGAGGUUGGCACUGGUGAGCGUCGUCCAAAGAAGAACAAGAAUCGUGGACCUAGCGAUUUUUGUAUUAAGUUGACGAAUUUGACACGUGACAUUCGCGUCAAGGACCUAAAGUCGGAACUUCGCAAACGUGAAUGCAAUCCGAUGGCGAUUUCUUGGAAGGGUCAUUUUGGAAAGUGUUUUCUGCAUUUUGGAAACCGCAAGGGUAUACCUAGCACCCAGGACGACGUGGACAAAGUUUUAAAGUCCCUUAAUGAUCUCUCGUUAACCAUCACCACAGGUGGCGAGACUGCCCCAGUCGGCGCAUCAACUGAGGGCAACGCCGCCGUCAAAACGGAGCCAGCUGAGUCUGCGGCGCCUAUACAGACAAAGACUAUAAACGUUAACGUCGAGCUGAUUCAGUUUGGCGCCAAAAAGAGUGCCAUCUCCACUGGUGCCAAUGCUAGUGCAGGCGAGGACGGAAAUGCUGCCGGUGGCACGCAAAAUGGGGGCGAAGCAGGAACUGUAGGUGGCAGCGAUGUGGGUGGUACACGUAUCGAGGCUGUCGACACCACCACAGUAUAGUAUGACUACGCGCUUGGCGCAGCCACAAAACGGUCGCAGCGGAUUCCCGCCGGCAGCGCAACGUUCGGAGUUCAACGAAAAAAAGUAACAUUUUGUUUAGAACAAAAAUCGAAAAAUAUCAAACAAAAAAUGAAUAGAAAGCGAACUCCGGACACAAACACAAAAUACACUCAACAUACACACAACAUUUUGCAGCUUGUAGUUUCUUCUUCUCCUUCAUUACUCUAUCAAGAUCAAAUUCAACCUUUUCUUACGAGAACCCAAACCAUUGACGCUUUUUCUAAACAAAUGCAUUUGUUUUUACCAAUGAAUCGUUGAAUUAUAUAAUGAAAUGAUUGCAUAAAUACUCGUUCCACAAAUAGAGUGGAACAAAAUUUCUUCCAAAUAAUCCCUUACUAACUUCUUGUAACUUGUUACAAUUUUGAGUAUUUCUGAGGUACUUCUUAAUAUUUUUUCAUUUUGAAUUCACGCCCCAGCACUAAGAUCGGUUGCUCUAUUAAGCAGUUGAGCUGCAAUUAAAGGGCUAGCAUCUGUGGCCGAAUUUAAAUAAAUAUUCAAACAUGUAAUAAGAAUCAAAGAGCGAAAAUAAAAUAAACACUUGUCGCAUUUUUCGCCGAGAAAAUUAUAUAAAGAAA